GCUCCAGGCUUGUUCAUUCACACCACAUGAGGGCGAAGCACUUUCACAGCAGGCGUUCACGUUUGGUUCAACACAUCCACUUUGCAUGGCGUGACGCGAGGAUACGUGAGCUACAAGUCUCGGUUUGAUCAGUCGGUAAAAACAAACGAUAUCGUGCUUUUAACUGCAUAAAGUGUUAGCGCGCGCGCGCCUGACCGGGGAAAAGAUGGGAGACAGCGAGUUCUCAGAACCGAUGGACGAGUCUCAAGCGGACAAAAUCGACAUGUCACUCGAUGAAAUCAUCAAGCUGAAUAAAAUGGAGCAGAAAGCAAACAGAGCUGCGAACAGGGCAAGAAGCAGGCGUGUUACAAACAGGAAUAAUGUACUGAGGAAGCUUAACCAGACACCACAGGCACAGAGAGGCCUCAGACGUGGUUCGCUGCAUUAUCAGGGGCCAUUUAGGUCACGUGGGCUAAACAGAAGCAGAGGUUUUGGGAGACCGAGUGGCCUGAGUCCUCUCAACAGAGCUAGUACUAAGACAGGAGAAUAUCAAAAUGAAAGUGCGGCCUUAGGAAUUAGAGGCUCGUUCCGUGGGAGAGGGAGAGGAAAAGGACGAGGAGGAUUGAGCAGAGGAGCUUUGUCAGCAAGAGGUCAGCGAGUUCCCCAGAGAGGUGGAAGACCAUUUGUAUUAGACAGAGAAUUUUCUGCUGCGAGAGGCACUGGCAAAUUGGAAAGAUAUCAAAAAAUAAGAAGUCAGGAAACGCCAUCUACAUCUACAUCUACUCCCGGGACAACGUUAACCGUGUCGCUGCCCAAUGAAAAACCACCACCUGUGACUCAGGUGAGGCCUCAGCGGGGGGAUACCGUGUUAGGGGGCAGGUCACCUGAGGCAGUGAGCAGUAGACCAACACCCAAAGGCAUCCAACUGCACUUCAAUUACAAAGCAACCACCAACCAGACCCAGCUAUCCUUGAACGAGCGCUUCACUAGCUUGAGGAUGAGAGGACGUGGCCCGAGGAUAAAUAGAGAAAGUGGGAGGGGCCGUGGGCGGGGACCGGGACGAGGACGAGGAGAUAUUAGCACAGGAAGAGGUCGAGGAAGGGGUGUGAUGAAUGAAGCACCGGUAAUGAUGAGAGGUGGAAGAGGACGAGGAAGGGCUAGAGGAAGAGCUAGAGGAAGGGCUAGAGGAAGAGCUAGAGGUGAAGGCCGAACCGUCUUUCUACAGUGAUUUCAAACAUGUGGCCUGAAUGGAGCAAUAUUUCAUUUCACACUAAGGUUCAAGGGGAGGAAGGAGCCCUAAGUAGGACAUUUGUGUCUCUACAGUCAUAGCCUUUAAGAUUGCUCUAUUUUAACAUGACAAUGAAGAAGCUGUUUUAGUAAUCAACAAGCCACAGUGUUGAAAAAUUCACACUAAUUCACAAUUUUUUUUUUAAAUGUGAAUUUUAAGCCCUGAUUUUUUAAAGUUUGCAUUUGGGCUCGGAUCUGAAUGUUCUUGGAAAUUACACACCUCAAAGCCUUACAAUUCAAAGUGCCUUAACACUUACUGUAAAUACAUCUUUGGCUAAAUGGGUUAUAUUUGGGAGUUACCAAUCUUACAAAAGUGUAAAUAUGCUUUCUGGUAUGGUUUAGACAUCAACAUGAACCUCAAUUAAAAUGAAGCUAAUUUAAAAUAAAAUCCCAAAUGUGUGUUUGA